AUGGAGGAACAACGAUGGCGAAGGGAAUGGCGUUCUGCUCUCAUUGUCAAGGUCCUUGGGCGUUCGUUCCCUUUCCCGGUGAUUUCCAAAAGGCUGGAGUCGUUGUGGGCAAAAUGCGGGGUCCUGCAAAUCUCGAGCCUUUCCUAUGGAUUCUAUGCAGUCCGUUUCACUAGCCAAAUGGACUAUGAACGCGCUGCGGCUGGAGGACCAUGGAUGAUCGGUGAGCACUACAUCACCAUUCGACCAUGGAGAAGGAAUUUCAACCCCAAGCUGGCGGAGGUGGCCUCGACAAUGGUCUGGGCCAAACUGCCGGACUUACCUAGAGAGUUCAUCAACAGGGAAGCGGUCGAACGGAUCGCAUCCAAAAUUGGGAGGCCUAUAAGGGUCGAUCGUGCAACUCAGACUGGAGAUCGGGGACGGUUCGCUAGAGUUAGUGUGGAGGUUGACUUGACAAAGCCUCUCCUAUCCCAAUAUAAGAUUGAAGGUAUCACCUAUUAUGUUGAAUUCGAAGGUUUGCAUAAUAUUUGCACUGAGUGUGGACGCUAUGGGCACUCCAAGAAAAAUUGCUCGACCCUUUUCAAGGCCCCUGCAGCGGAGGAAGUUGCUCAGCAACAGUCAAUCCCUUCGCCAGCGCCUAUUUAUGGUGAAUGGAUGAUGGCGAAAUCUCGAAAAGGCAAUCAAAAGAGGAAAACACCACCCGUUCAAGCGAACAGGCCGCAACCUAUGGGGGAACCCCCCAGCAUGGGCGUGGGGGAAGCAAGUACGGGGUCGGGCUCACGGUUUCAGGUGCAGCCCACUGUCCAAUCCUCUUCGAGCCAUGCAAACCCAGGCGUGCAAAAUAACUCCAUGCAAGCCUUGCAUAACCAGGUCAAAGACACCACUACACUUGUGACUGUUCCGGUGCUUUUUGAGGCCGCGAAGAAACCCACUGCCUCACUCAAGUCUCAGCCUUCGGGGGCGACUGCUUUGAAUAAAUCAAAAGGCAAGCAGCAAGUUCACGGACGGAUGGGACAGAAAAAACACCAAAAAGCCAAGGCUACCAACUCAUCAGGUCAGCCAGCGCAAGCCAAAGAAAGGACAACUGACCUGACCCAAGGCGGCGCUGGGCAACCUCCAGGUCAACCUACUGCCCAAACGCAGUUGAAGGACAAAGGGGCCAAGGGCCUCACCGAGAACGGGCCCCCACCCGCUCUCUAA